GUACAUUUCAAUUGGAUUGGGCAGAAAAGGAAUCAAAAGUAAAAACUGAUUGGUUAUAUUAGCGGCGCCUUAAUUUUCAAUAUUCGGAAACCUGAGUAAUUAAAUACUUGAAAAUGUCUACUUCCCUGUUCUUUGUAAAUACAGACUCUAAUGAAGACAAAACCGAUACACAAUGUGUAGAUGAUCAGUCCCAAACUCAAAGCCAAGCACAACAAGCGCUAAAUCAGUUCUGGCCUAAAGUUAUGGAGGAAAUAAGAUCCAUUCGUAAUAUGGAUCUCAAACAGCAAGUUCUGCCUUUGGCUCGAAUUAAAAAAAUUAUGAAGCUGGAUGAGGAUGUUAAGAUGAUCAGCGCAGAGGCACCUUUAUUGUUUGCCAAAGCAGCGGAAAUUUUUAUCCAUGAACUUACAUUAAGGGCAUGGAUUCACACUGAAGAUAACAAAAGACGAACUUUGCAGAGAAAUGACCUAGCAAUGGCAAUAACAAAAUAUGACCAGUUUGACUUCUUAAUUGACAUAGUUCCUCGGGAUGAUAUAAAACCCAAUAAAGUAAGAGACGAAUCAAGAAUAUCAUCAAAUCCAGACCAGGUACAUUAUUACUUUCAACUUGCUCAACAACAUCAUGCUAAUUUACAACAAAACAAUACUUCUCCCACCACCACUCCAAGUACAACCCAAUCUCAAGGAACAAUACAAAUAGUUCAACCUCAACAAGUACAAACAGUUCAAGUUAAUACAAUUGAACAGCCUACUCCCACAUCAGCGACUCAAAGUAAUACAACUACAACCCAAUCACCGGUUAUUCUACAACAGGGACAAACGAUACCUCAAAACCAAGGGAACGUGCAAAUAAUUCAACAGAUUGUUACACCUACAGGAGAAAUACAACAAAUACCGAUACAGCUAACACCCCAGCAACUUCAGAUGAUUAAAAUGCAGCUCCAAGGUAAUUCUUCCCAACCAGUAAUAAUUCAGACCGCUCCCAUUGCCGCUGGAACACAGUCACAAAUAAUCCAGGUAGCUCAACAGAACGCGGGCGGUCAGCAGGUGUUUCUAGCUCAAGGCGGCAGUAGCUCAGAAAAUGAAUAGUUUGUAUUUUUAAAAUUUAUUGAUAAGGACUUAUAACUAAUAAAACUUAAUUUAUA